AAUUUGCCAAGGUUUGGGGUGCAAAGACACAAACAUUAACAUUGAUCUUAAUUAUUAGGCUAUAGCUAGCUAGCUCCACUGUUUUCAACUGCCAAAAAUGGUGAAGAUUGCUGUUGGUUCUUUUGAUGACUCUUUUAGCGUUACCUCUCUCAAGGCUUAUUUGGCAGAGUUCAUUGCCACUCUUAUCUUCGUCUUUGCUGGUGUUGGUUCAGCCAUAGCCUACAAUGAGCUUACAUCAGAUGCAGCUUUGGACGCGCCAGGGCUGGUGGCGGUGGCGGUGGCGCACGCAUUUGCUCUGUUUGUAGGAGUGUCCAUCGCUGCCAACAUCUCAGGUGGCCACUUGAACCCAGCUGUCACUUUUGGAUUGGCCAUUGGAGGCAACAUUACCCUCCUCACUGGUCUCUUCUACUGGAUUGCCCAAUUGCUUGGCUCCAUUGUCGCAUCUCUCCUCCUAAGUUAUGUCACAGCUAAGAGCAUUCCAACCCAUGGAGUGGCUGGGAUAAACGUUUUUGCUGGAGUGGUGUUCGAGAUCGUUGUUACUUUUGGAUUGGUGUACACUGUAUACGCUACCGCAGCUGACCCCAAAAAGGGCUCACUUGGCACCAUUGCACCCAUUGCUAUUGGGUUCAUUGUGGGUGCCAACAUCCUAGCUGCUGGCCCAUUCAGUGGUGGAUCAAUGAACCCGGCCCGUUCAUUCGGCCCAGCAGUUGUUAGUGGUAACUUCGCUGACAACUGGAUCUACUGGGUUGGCCCGUUGAUUGGUGGGGGCUUGGCUGGGCUUAUUUAUGGUGAUGUUUUCAUUGGUUCCUAUACCCCUGCCCCAGCCACUGAAAACUACCCUUGAAUACACGAAAGUUGAAAACACACUCUUCUCUUGUUUGUAUUUUCGAGCUAGUGAUACUGCUACCCUGCCUUCCCGCUUUGAUUUCUUGGACCGUUUUCCUCCUCCUAUAUGUUUGAUCAUGUAUCCACUUGUAAUAAAAUUGUAAAUUAUUAGUUGACCUUUAUGUUUUAA